UAUGAUCUAGCCAAAGACAAGCCAUGUCUUUUGGCAGCAGUUCUACCGAGCAUUACUAUGAGUAUCUGAGAUGAUUUAAAGAAUACAAUAGCUGACGGUAUUUUUCAAGCUUAUACACUUGAGUUGAAUCUGGAAUUUUGAAAAACGAGGGUUAAAAUCAGUCAGCUGACCAGUCAGGUGAUGAAGCCUCGGAAAUGGAUUUUCAACGGGCCUACUGUUGACUCAAAAGCGUUGAAAAAUUACAAAAGCAUCGAAUCAGUUGAUCAAAUUUGAUAAGGUAUAUUGACGGAAUCUUUCUAUAAUCGUUCUAUCUUUCAGAAUGAAACGUCACUUCUCAAUCAAAGUCCCAGCCUCCUCGGCCAAUAUUGGUCCAGGGUUUGAUGUUUUAGGUAUAGGUUUAGGUUUAUACUUGGAAUUAGAUGUCACAGUGGACCCACAAUAUGCUAGCGAAACAAAUGAUGACCCAAACAACUGUCUUGUUUCCUAUGACCCAUCCAGUGAAGGUGCUGAAGAUGUCCCAUUAGCUUCAGAUGAGAAUUUGAUCACCCGUACAGCUUUAUAUGUUCUACGUUGUAAUGACAUCAGAUCUUUCCCAAUUGGUACAAAGAUUAAUGUUAAAAAUCCAAUACCUUUAGGUAGAGGUUUAGGCUCUUCAGGUGCUGCUGUUGUUGCUGGUGUUAUAUUAGGUAAUGAAAUUGGUAAAUUGGGGUUCUCUAAGCAAAGAAUGUUGGACUACUGUCUAAUGAUUGAACGUCAUCCAGAUAACAUCACUGCUGCUAUGAUGGGUGGUUUUGUUGGUUCAUAUUUACGUGAUUUAAGUGCUGCUGAAAUGGAACGUAAAGAAAUUCCAUUAAGUGAAGUUCUACCUGAACCAGCUGGCGGUUAUAACACUGGGCUGGUUCCACCUAUCCCACCUCAUGAUAUUGGACGUCACAUCAAAUAUGAUUGGUGUAAGGAAAUUCAAUGUAUUGCCAUUAUCCCUGACUUUGAAGUUUCAACAGCUAAAUCAAGAGGUGUUCUACCAUCUGCAUUCACAGCCAAAGACAUGAUUUUUAACUUGCAAAGAUUAGCUGUUUUGACUACUGCUUUAACUAGAUCACCACCAGAUCCAGAAUUAAUCUACCCAGCCAUGCAAGACAGAGUCCAUCAACCAUACCGUAAGACUUUGAUUCCAGGUCUUACUGAAAUAUUAUCUUCAGUCACUCCAAAAACUCAUCCAGGUCUUUUAGGUAUCUGUCUUUCAGGUGCAGGUCCAACAAUUUUAGCCUUAGCUACUGAAAACUUUGAAAACAUUGCACAAGAAAUUGUCAACAGAUUCGCCAAAGAAAAGAUUACAUGUCGCUGGAAAGUCUUGGAUCUAGCAUAUGAAGGUGCUGUUGUUGAUGAAAAAUAGAGAAACAACUCAUAUAGAUGUAAAAUUAAUGGUUUGAUUUGAAUGAGAUGAAUUAGCGUAGAAAAAUAAACCCCGAAAACGUCCAAAUUAGGAAAUUUCCCAUAUUGGGUAUCAAAAGUAGUGUGCCAACCAGGCGACCACGAAGAAAGAAACUGCUCCUGAAUCUUUUGAAAUGAGAGUAGAAAAUGUUAAUUACAACUCUGAUCAUACUGUCUUCAACAACGGCGUUCUCAUUCAACACAACCAUCCAAUUGAAUCAUCAUGCUCAGUGAAUUGGGAAUCCAAUUACCGUCAUCCAGAAGUGUCCUCAAUUACCUAGUGGGGACCGUCGUAACAAUAUAUGCUGGAU